UAUCUCUGCCCUGAACCUAAGACAGGCAACAUGUUUAAAGGACCCCCUUGUUCGGAUUGGGCUGAUGUGUGGUGGACGACCAAUCAUAAAGGAUGGUCAUAUACACCCACAUCUAUCUACUUUAUGAGAUUAAAGGAACAAAUUAACAUAUUUAAAGGAGUGGUUCAGCCCAACUGUCAGCAUCUACAAUGUAAUCCAAUAACUAUAACAGUUAAUCGGGCUGACUACCUUACAAACCGUACUUAUGGUCUUGGAGCAGAUGUAACUGGACGAGACCCAACAGCUAGACUGAGAAUAGCUGUAAGGGAACGAUUCUCUCCUGCCAUCAUAGAAAGGGAGAAACUCAGGGAGAAACUCAAGGAGAAAGCAGGAGAGAAAACAGGAGAAUCUCUUCAAAAUAAGGCAGUUGUCACACUUAAAGAAAUAAAAGAUCUUAGACAAACAUUUGAGAUUGAAACAGGGUAUGGAGAUGUGAAUGCCUGGAUAGAAUGGGUCAGAUAUACUGUCCAGAGUCUCAACCAUAGCAAUUGCUAUGCUUGUGCCUCAGGACGACCGAUUGCCCAGAUAGUGCCCUUCCCAUUGGGGUGGACCGAAGACUCCCAAGGGAUGCGAUGUAUGAUUGCAUUGUACCAAGAAAAGACUGCCUGGGGAAAUGAGGCCUGUAAGUCUCUCUCUUUGCUAUUCCCUUCCUUGCAUAAUAGCAAUAUCAGAGCUCCCUCUGUAUUCUCCACAGCCAAAGGUAACCAUACAGCCUGCCUCUCACGGCAGGGUGUGAGUGCUACCCGGCAUCUGGGAGAAUUUGCCUUGUGCACGAAGACCUUGAAUGCUACCAAGGACUUGAUGGGAAAUUACUCAAGACUUGAGAUCCCCAGGGCAGAUCUCUGGUGGUACUGUGGAGGGAAGAUCUUACGGUCCACCCUACCAUCUAAUUGGGGAGGCACUUGUGCACUUGUUCAAUUAGCUAUACCCUUCACCCUGGCAUUUGAAAGAGAAACAUCACAAAUACCCAGAAGAAGUAAAAGAGGCUUAGGAAUAUCAUUUGAUGAUAGAGUAUACAUAGAUUCUAUUGGGGUACCUAGAGGAGUUCCGGAUGAACAUAAAGCUAGGAAUCAAAUUGCUGCAGGGUUUGAGUCACUGUUCUGGUGGGUAACAAUCAAUAAAAAUGUGGAUUGGAUUAAUUAUAUCUAUUAUAAUCAGCAGAGAUUCAUCAAUCAUACCAGGGAUGCAAUAAGAGGAAUCGCUGAACAACUAGAUGCCACCAGCAAAAUGGCUUGGGAAAACAGGAUAGCAUUAGAUAUGAUGCUUGCAGAGAAGGGUGGUGUAUGCGUGAUGCUGGGCAACCGUUGUUGUACUUUCAUCCCUAACAAUACAGCCCCAGAUGGCACAGUAACAAGAGCAUUGCAAGGGCUUACCACCCUUGCCAAUGAAUUAGCAGAAAAUUCGGGAGCAGACACUUCCAUCACCGGAUGGUUGGAAUCUUGGUUUGGUAAAUGGAAAGGGAUGGUAAUGUCCAUAUUUACAUCCUUGAUUGUAGUAGCAGGAGUUUUGACAGCUAUUGGCUGUUGCAUUAUCCCCUGUGUAAGGGGACUUGUCCAGCGGUUAAUUGAAACCGCAUUACUGAAACAAAUGACCAUGGAUCCACCACCCUACUCAGAUAAAAUGAUGAUAUUAGAGGAAAUGGAGAGCAAAGAAAGUGAAGAAGAGGAAGAUAUUUACCAAAUUACACCUUAAAUAA